GAUUUGGAAAAUAUAGAAAGAUUAUCAGCAAUUUUUUAUAGUCAGAUAUACAGAAGUUCAAUAGAUUGUAUGAAUGAUUACUGUCAGGUUUAUUGUUGUGAUUAUAAAUGGAGACUGAUUUCUGUCAAUUUUUUAAAGUAAAAAAAGAGUAUGCUAAGUAAUACUAACAUACUGUAGAUUUUUUAUAGACAAACAAUAUGUGAUCACCGAGAGUCAGUAUUAAUUAGUUGAUAUUAAAUGUAAUUAAUUGAUUAAUGUAUUGAAUUUAAUUUGCUGAGAUGCAAUCAUAUUAAAUAUGCAAGAAAUAUUUGGAAAGCUGUAUGCCAGUCAUAUAUGAUGACAAUUGAAUUGCCUGCUGUAAAUUUCUCAUUUCAAUCUGGGCUAUUAUGAGAAUUUAUUCUCCAUAUUACCCAUAUUUCAAAGAAUUACACAAACCGUUUUAAUGUUUACAGUAUGCCCCUCCUUUCCCAUUACAUAUUACUGAAGUUUUGAAUUGAUUUUUUUUUCCAGCCAGUAGUAAAUAUAUUGUCACCCCAGACCAGGAAACAGUGGACCAGAUGAACUUCAGUGACAAAAAGAGCAAAAUCCGUGACAGGUUGCUGAAAUUCUUAAAGAAGCGACCAACGAUGGAGUCUUUACAGGAGCAGGGAAUUUUGCAAGAGAGUGUGUUUGGGUCUCACCUGGAUAGGUUAUGUGAGAGAGAAAGGACCACAGUGCCCAUAUUUGUGAAAAGGUGCAUACAGGCAAUUGAGAACAAAGGUCUCAGUAUAGAUGGGAUCUACAGAGUGAGCGGAAAUCUGGCACAGGUGCAAAAACUCAGGUGUGCUGUUGACCAAGGGAUUAUGUCCUUACUUGACCAAGAAGGCAAGUUUUUAUAGAAGUGUAGAAAUGCAGUUUGAGAUUCUCCUAACCCUGUUGUGUGGAACUUUAUUCAAGCUUCUUUGUCAAGAGUAAAAAGAAUUGAAAUCAAAAUUUAAAGAUGAAAACAUUGAACAAAGCAGUUACCAUUUUCCUACAUUUUUAUCUAAUUUGCCUUGUAGAUAUUUUCUUCCCCCAUUUUAUAACAGAUUACUUUGUAUUUAUAAAUCUACCAAAAUAGAUGAUAUAGCAACAACCUCUUCUAUUUUGAUCCAUGAAAAGAUACCUUCCAUCUUGCUUUACUUCUGUCCAUUUUGUUUAUAAAGUGUGCUCACAUCUCUGUUAACCAGUUUGUCUAAGAGAGCAUUCACAACUAGGUGAUCCACACACUAAUCAAAUAUGAUGGUCAUAUAUGGUCAACCCACUUGAAAGCAU